AUGAUCACGGCGGGUGGCUCCUCCAUCUUCAAUGGCGGCAAGGGCUGUGGCGCUUGCUAUCAGGUUAGAUGCACCGGCAAUCCCGCCUGCUCUGGGUCCCCGAUGACCGUGGUCGUCACAGACCAGUGCCCCGGCGGGCCGUGCCUGUCCGAGGCUGCGCACUUUGACCUCAGCGGGAAGGCGUUCGGCGCCAUGGCCAAGCGUGGCCAGGCCGACACCCUCCGCAACGCUGGCAGCAUUAAAGUCCAGUACAACCGGGUUCCGUGCAACUGGCAUGGGCUGGACAUCGCCUUCAAGGUGGACGCCGGCUCCAACCCCAACUACCUUGCGGUGCUGAUCGAGGACGAGGCCGGCGACGGUGACCUGUCCGCGGUCGAGCUUCAGCAGCGCGGCGGCAGCUGGGUGCCGAUGCAGGAGUCGUGGGGCGCGGUCUGGAAGUACAACGCCGGGUCCACCCUCCAGGCACCCAUAUCGAUCCGCAUCACCUCCGGCUCCGGCAAGAAGCUCGUCGCCAGGAAUGUCAUCCCCUCCGGCUGGCAGGCCGGCAAGACCUACCGAUCCAUCGUAAACUUCCAGUGA